CAGGGCUUUGGCAGGCAGAAAGGGCUUGGUCGGGGUGUCACCGGGGUCCCGAUCCGCGCGUCUCUCUCCGGAUCCCGGCCGACUGGACGCCGCUGAUCGCCCCCACAUAGAGGAGCCCUGUCCUCGGCUAUGCUGCCCUGAGACCGCCGCCACCAUCCAGCCCCGCCAACAUGUCUGAUGUCAACAGGACUGUUCAGAAAUGGCACGCCAGUUUUAGAAAAGGCACAGACUUUGACUCGUGGGGGCAAUUAGUGGAGGCGAUAGAUGAGUACCAAAUUCUAGCCAGACAACUACAGAAGGAGGUCCAGUCUACAAAUUCUUCAGACUUCACAGAGGAGCAGAAGAAAAACUUAGGAAAGAUUGCAACAUGCCUGGAGAUGAGAAGUGCCAGUUUACAGUGCACCCAGUCGAAGGAGGAAUUCAAGUUAGAAGACCUCAAGAAACUGGAGCCUAUAAUAAACAACAUACUCACCUAUAACAAAGAGUUUCCAUUUGAUGUCCAGCCAGUGCCAUUAAGGAAAAUCCUUGCGCCGGGAGAGGAGGAGAACUUGGAGCUGGAGGAAGAGGAUGAUGCUGCUGCAGGAGCAGGUUCAACAGAAGCUUUCCCACCGAGAGCUCCUGGUACCCUGUUGCCACGGUUACCCUCAGAACCUGGAAUGACACUACUCACAGUAAGAAUAGAAAAAAUUGGGUUGAAGGAUGCCGGCCAGUGCAUCGAUCCUUACAUGAGCAUCAGCGUCAAAGAUAUGAACGGCGUGGAUCUGAACCCAAUGCAGGACACUCCUGUGGCCACCAGGAAGGAAGACACGUACAUUCACUUCAACGUGGAUGUAGAAAUUCAGAAGCAUAUAGAGAAAUUACCAAAAGGUGCAGCUAUCUUCUUUGAAUUCAAGCACUACAAGCCCAAAAAGAGGUUCACCAGCACAAAAUGCUUCGCCUUCAUGGAAAUGGAUGAGAUCAAACCUGGACCCAUUGUCAUUGAACUGUACAAGAAGCCCACAGAUUUUAAGAGGAAGAAACUGCAGCUGCUCACCAAGAAGCCACUUUACCUCCAUCUUCAUCAGACGCUACACAAAGACAGCUAAGCCUCCUCUCUGGACACGCCCCUUUCAUCUUGCUGCACAUCCGGGGAAAUGCGGUGCUCCUCCUCAUCGUCACAUUCAGCAAUACCAAAUCAAAGGCUGCAGUGUGAAGAACUUCAAAGAAACUGAUGCCCUCACACAGAUUUUAUGAAUUAAUGUGCAUUUUCUUUUUUCCCAAACUUACACCAGCAGCAGCAUGUUAAAGCAGGUUGAGACUCAUCAUGUUCAGUCUUCCACACACAGCUUUCUGAUUUGUCCUUUGUGUUUAAGGAAGGGGAUAGGUACUUCACUUUAGCAGUUUGCUUUUUUUUUGGUGUUAUCCCCACUGAACUCUGGACUUGCAAAUGGGAAGAAGUAAAACAUUAACUCUUUUAUCCAAGCACUGCGUUGGGAAAACUCUAAUCCUUUUCUGGAGCUUUUUAUUUGUUCAGCUUAAAGUUUGCUCUCUUAUUGCUGCAGAAUGCGUCAGUAAAAGGGGUUCAAACUCGAGGGCAUUUAAUCACUAAAAUUGCAGCAGUGAAGAUGUUACUGGGCCAACAUGUCAGCUUGUGUGCCAUAAGGAAU